AUGGCUGAACAACGGGAAAAUGUAAAAGUCGCAAACUCUAGAGAGUGUUUGAGUACAGCAAACCAGAAAUCUCUCGCUACCGAUGGUGGACGUCGAAAAGUUGGAGAAGGUUGUGGUGGCAAAUCACCGGUCAUCGUCGAUUUUCUUCUAAUCGGUGGUGUUGGCGGUGCUGAAGCGGUAGUGGUUCUGAUAGUAACU